CGUGACGUCAUAGGAAGGCGGAGCCUGCGCCGUCCACACGCACGGCGUCCUGGGGUGCGCGCGCGCGUGGCGGGGUGGUGUUGUGAGCCGGAGCUGAAGCCGGGACAGAAGACGGAGACUCUCAGCUCGAAGAAGCGCCGCUGCUCCCAGCCGCAGGAUGCGACUUUUGCUCUCAGUGCUGCUGCUCCUGGCCCUCGCGCUCGGCGCCGAGGCCAACAGACGAGCCAAAAACCACAAAGGUGGAAAACAUGACCGGUCCCGGCCCACCUCUGAGUGCUCACUCGCAGAAACCCAGUUUGGGAAGUGUGUGCCGGAACAGGGAGACUGUGGAGAAGGUCUGAGGGAGUCCACGUGUAACGGCCGCACAGAAAAGAUCCACUGCAAGAUUCCCUGCAACUGGAAGAAGGACAUCAGCGACUGCAAGUACAAGUUUGGGCAGUGGAGCCCCUGCGACGCCGCCACCAACACCAAGACGCGCUCGGGGGUGCUGAAGCGAGUGUUGUUCAACGCAGAGUGCCAGACCACCGUCAAGGUGUCCAAACCCUGCUCCCCCAAAGUCAAGAAGACCCGAGGUGAGAAGUCCACCUGAAGACCAGGACGUCCUCCUUCAGCCGAAGGAUCGUCUUACUUUUGUCCAACACAAAGACAGAGAGACUCCUUCCUCCUCCUACUUUUUCUUUUUCCAGUUUUUCUUUGUUCGGAUUGGAGUGUAAAGCUGUUGUAGAUGUCUUCAGCAUCAUAACUUUCUUUUCUGUAGUCGAUAGUUUAAAAACUUCUCCAUUAGCUCAGACUAGAUUAACCUGAGAACCGAAAUGGAUACUCAGUGUCGCCCCCUUCUGGAUAGUCCAGAGUUUUGGUUUAUAAUGAUCUGAACUGAGAAAAAAAAUGUUAAAUCUAUUUUUGGAACUGCAGAUUAUCAAUGAUGUACAAAUGAACACAUUAAAUUCUUUACAUUGUUUUG